CCGGGCCCAGGCCUGCCCCGCCGGCGGGGGCGGGGCCGGGAGGUCCCGGGCUCGGAGCUCCCCGCCCGCCGGUUUCCUCCGGGGUCAACCCGGCUCCUUAUCAGGCGCGGCCAGGCGGCCCGGCCCUUAUCUGCGCCGGCCCAGCAUCCUCCGGCCGCGGCCGCGGGGCCGGGAGGGAGGAAGCGGGGCCGCCGGGGGCGGGGAGAGGGCGGGCCGGCCGGGCGCUGCUCACUUUCCCUCGGGGGGACCCACGCCGCCACCGCGGCCGCGCCGGGGCGGCCCUCGGCAGCCCGCGGAGGAGGCGCGGCCCGACGGCGCGGCCCGGACGGGGCGGCCGGCAGCCCGCGGCCCAGAGGCAGGGCCCCCCGAGCGGGGGCGGCGGGAGCCGGUGCCAAGGCGGAACCGCAUACCGGGCCCAGGACGCCGCGUCCCCACGGGACGGAGCCCGGGCCCUCACCAGGCGGCGGGAGCAGCGCUGGGGUGAGCGCCCCCCCCUCGGGGUCCAUGUGCCCGCCCCAGGCCCAGGCAGAGGUGGGCCCCACCAUGGCGGAGAAGGCAGAGAUGGUGCGAGCCCCCAGCCCGGCGCCCGCCCCGCCCCCUGAGCCUGCCUCGCCCAGGGCCCCCCAGGUGGAGGAGGGGGGCCGCCACAGCUCCUCAGCGCCCAGGCUGCCCCCCGGCGUGCCCGUCAUCAGCCUGGCCCACACCCGGCCCCCCGGGGCAGCUGUCCCCACCACGGAGCUGACGGCCCUGCGGCACCCCCUGCUGCAGCUCUCCACCCUGGGGGCUGCCCCAGCGCCCCUUUCCCUGCAUUACCACCCUCACCCCUUCCUCAAUAGCCUCUACAUUGGGCCAGCAGGACCCUUUGGCCUCUUCCCCAGCAGCCGGCUGAAGCGGAGGCCAAGCCACUGUGAGCUGGACCUGGCCGAGGGACACCAGCCCCAGAAGGUGGCCCGUCGCGUGUUCACCAACAGCCGCGAGCGCUGGCGGCAGCAGAACGUGAACGGCGCCUUCGCCGAGCUCAGGAAGCUGCUGCCGACGCACCCGCCCGACCGGAAGCUGAGCAAGAACGAGGUGCUUCGCCUCGCCAUGAAGUACAUCGGCUUCCUGGUGCGGCUGUUGCGCGACCAGGCGGCCGCGCUGGCCGCGGGCUCUGCCCCGCCCGGACCCCGCCGACGGCCGGCGCAGCGCGGCGCGGACGACAGCGCCCGCCGGGGACCCGGACGCAGGCCCGAGGCGGCGGCGCGCCCGCGGCCCGCGGCCCUCGACGGCCCUGCCGGUAGCCCGGGCGCGCCGGUCCGGCCCAUCAAGAUCGAGCGGGGGCUGCCGGAGCCGGCGGCCGUGAGCCCGGAGGUGCGGUGACCCUCACGGUGGCGCCUCUGAGCCGGGGUGGGUGGGUCCGGAGCCGUCGAAGAAGGGGCUGUGACGCGCUUGCGCCUGCCGGGGCGCAAACUCCUCGCAAGAGGGACCAGCGAAGACGUUCCGAACAGAGUCAGGAGCCCCAGGGUGCCCCGCGGACCCUUUUAUCACCAACCGCCCGCGUCCCCUCCCCGGGGCGAGGUCCGGGAACCAACAUGGCAUAGAGCGGACAUCGGA